AAUCAUGGUGAGCCAUAGUUGCUUGCCUGAAUUAGUACAAGGUAAAAAUGAAGCUACAGCUAGCAAUGCUACUGCAGAUACUCCUUUGUCGCUGGUUAAUGAUGUUUACAUGAUAACAAGGUCCCCAGCUUGCGGGAAUAAGAAACUGGACAAAACAUCUAUGUUAAAGAUGUUUAAGAGUGAUGUUGCUGACCAGCAGUUCAGCCUGGAAACUGCAAUUAGAAAUAUUGAUAAAAUGUCCAGUGAGUUGAAGAAGCUAAAUGUGCAAAGCCAACUGCUUCUCUGUGACCUUACUUUGAACUUCAGUCAUCCUGUGAAGACCAAAGUUUCAAGGGAGGUAGAAGAAAAGAAAACAAAUUUUGAGGAAUUACCUAAUUCCAUCAAGUUCCAUGCUGAUGCUUCCAUUACCAAUUCUUUAAGCCAUUAA